AUGAAAUCUGUUUCGAUCCGUCUAGAAUUUGAAGGUGAGGUGUUCGUUUGGUCCGGUUUCGUCGGGUUCGUGACUCCUCUCCCUUGGCUUUCGCUCGGAGUUUCGUCCGCCAGUGGCAAAAGCUUCUCUUCGAGCUUUAGGUUGCAGUAA